GGGGGCGGUGCCUCCCGUCGGUACAGUCAUCUUUCGGCUUGUUCGGCGGGACUGAUGGCUGGAGAGAUGACGAUAUUAGGUUCAGCUGUUUUGACUCUCCUGCUGGCUGGCUACUUGGCACAACAGUAUUUACCAUUGCCUACUCCAAAAGUGAUUGGCAUUGACCUGGGUACCACCUAUUGCUCCGUUGGUGUGUUUUUUCCUGGAACAGGAAAAGUAAAGGUGAUUCCAGAUGAAAAUGGGCAUGUCAGCAUCCCCAGCAUGGUGUCCUUUGCUGAUGGCGAUGUAUAUGUGGGAUACGAAAGCCAAGAGAUGGCAGAUUCAAAUCCUCAAAACACAAUAUAUGACGCUAAAAGGUUCAUAGGGAAGAUUUUCACCCCGGAAGAGUUGGAGGCUGAAAUUGGCAGAUAUCCAUUCAAGGUUUUACACAAAAACGGAAUGGCUGAGUUUUCUGUAACAAGUAAUGAAACCAUCAUCAUUUCUCCGGAAUAUGUUGGCUCUCGAUUAUUGCUCAAACUGAAGGAAAUGGCAGAGGAAUACCUCGGAAUGCCAGUUGCCAAUGCUGUCAUUUCUGUACCGGCAGAGUUUGACCUAAAACAGAGAAAUUCAACAAUUCAAGCUGCCCACCUUGCCGGAUUGAAGAUCUUGAGAGUGAUAAACGAACCAACAGCAGCAGCUAUGGCCUAUGGUCUUCACAAGGUUGACGUCUUCUAUGUGCUGGUCAUAGACUUGGGUGGAGGAACUCUUGAUGUAUCAUUACUGAAUAAACAAGGAGGAAUGUUCCUAACACGAGCAAUGUCUGGAAACAACAAACUUGGAGGACAAGAUUUCAAUCAGAGACUGCUUCAGUAUUUAUAUAAACAGAUCUAUCAAACCUAUGGCUUUCUCCCUUCCAGGAAAGAGGAAAUCCAUAGAUUAAGACAAGCUGUGGAAAUGGUCAAAUUAAAUUUGACGCUUCAUCAGUCUGCCCAGGUGUCAGUUUUACUCACUGUUGAGGAAAAGGACAGCCAGACACCUCAGAAAGAUGACUCUAACCUGCCAAAAGACCAGCUCAGCCCAGGGGAUGGUCACCAUGUGAACAGGGUGUUUAGACCUGGCCCUUCUGACAGCAAGAGUGGGGAACGGCAGGUAUUGUUUGAGACAGAAGUAUCACGCAAGCUCUUUGAUUCCCUCAAUGAAGAUCUCUUUCAGAAAAUACUCGUGCCCAUCCAGCAAGUAUUAAAAGAAGGCCACCUAGACAAGACAGAAAUUGAUGAGGUGGUUCUAGUUGGGGGCUCUACUCGGAUUCCUCGGAUACGCCAGGUCAUCCAAGAGUUCUUCGGAAAGGAUCCCAACACGUCUGUAGACCCUGACCUGGCAGUGGUGACAGGAGUGGCCAUCCAAGCAGGGAUUGAUGGAGGCUCCUGGCCUCUCCAAGUCAGUGCUUUAGAAAUUCCCAAUAAGCAUUUACAGAAAACCAAUUUCAACUGACCUCUGAUGAGUACUCUAACUGACCUUGUCUAGUGAUUUUGAUGCUCUCCAUUGUGAAGCCUCCUUCAGAAAAGAAGUACAUGAAAUAGCUCGCUGAUGAGCCUGAGGACAUUUGGACAGGAAACUUUUACGUAAUGUUUCAUUUUAGAAUUGAAUGAAUUGAAUAGAACAGGACCAGAUGGGUCCUGUUUGUGUUUGGAGAACUCUCAUCGUUUGACUGAAGU